UUCAGUAUGCUGCCAACUCGCUCCUCCACCCUCUCAGGACACAAUAAGCUCUGGUUCCUGACCUUAGUUGUCCUUGUGGUCCUGGCUCAGACGUCCCCAGAGGGAUGGUUCAGAACCUGCUUUUAUGGCAUGGGGAAAUGCAGGCGCGUAUGCAAGGCCAAUGAGAAGAAGAAAGAGAGGUGUGGAGAGAAGACUUUUUGCUGUCUGGGAGAAAAAAGGUCAAAACUAUCAAACAUCCCAGCAAACAAAGAACGAAAAAGGAAUGAAUCAUCAUGCUAAGAUCUGAGAAGAUUCAAGGCAUUGGCAAGCAGAGGAGAGAGGCCUGCGGAGAACCAAUCCUCCUUUGACUUCAUCCCCAGAAUUCUGAGAAAAUAAACUUCUGUUCUUCAACUC